UUUCUAGCCCAACAUGAUCUGUCUUUAAGUCAUACACAAUGUACAUGUCGGUGAGUUUUAUUCCGGUUAGAAAUCUACAGAUAAUGAAUGUAAACGAACAUGAGUCACGACCUCGAGUUUCGUCAUUGUAAAUUAACUGCUCGCAUUGUUUUUACAAGGAGGAGCGCCUGCUGAAAUAAUGUAGUAGCCGGCUAACGUUAGCAUAGCGAUACAGUUACAGAAUGACGUACCAGCCUCGCAGCUGCCGGUGAGCAAGAGUAGUGGACCCGUUAGCAACGCUGCAGACGGACGGACGGACGGACUUGUGAUCAGUGAAUCACGAGUAUUUCCCCCUCUCUGAUUUUACAAGACUAAGGAGUCAUGGCCAAGGCUGCGGGCCGGCUGUGUUUUAGGAACGUGACAGCCCUAGCUCCUAUGGUGCGGGUCGGGACCCUGCCCAUGAGGUUGCUGGCUCUAGACUACGGGGCUGAUAUAGUUUACUGUGAGGAGCUGAUUGAUAUCAAAAUGGCCCAGUGCCAGAGGGUGGUGAACGAAGUCCUGGGGACAGUGGAUUUUGUUGCCCCGGAUGACAGAGUCAUGUUCCGGACCUGUGAGAGGGAGAAGGACAGAGUUGUCUUUCAAAUGGGAACUGCUGACCCAGAGAGAGCGCUAACAGUGGCACAGCUUGUGGAGAAUGAUGUUGCUGCUAUUGAUGUAAACAUGGGCUGCCCAAAGGAAUACUCCACAAAGGGAGGUAUGGGAGCUGCUCUUCUCUCAGAUCCUGACAAGAUAGAGGCAAUCCUCAGCACCCUCGUCAAAGGAGUGUCCAAACCAGUGACAUGUAAAAUCCGAAUCCUACCUUCGCUGGAAGAAACGGUGAGUCUGGUUCAAAGGAUUGAGAAGACGGGUAUCGCCGCAAUUGCAGUUCAUGGCAGGUUUAAGGAAGAACGUCCCAGACACCCCAUCCACUGUGACUUCAUACAGGCUGUGGCUCAGGCGGUCUCCAUCCCGGUCAUCGCCAACGGAGGUUCUUUGGACCUGGUGAAGACCUAUGCUGACAUUGAGGCGUUCAGGACUGCUACCAGGGCCUCGUCAGUCAUGUUGGCCCGGGCCGCCAUGUGGAACCCAUCAGUGUUCCGCAGCCAGGGCCUGCUUCCUCUGGAGGAGGUCAUGGAGGAAUACCUUAAAUAUGCAAUCCGCUAUGACAACAACGCCUUCAACACCAAGUACUGUCUGUGCCAGAUGCUGAGAGACAAGGUGGAGUCUCCCAUGGGGAAGCAGCUCCAGUCUGCUCAAACCAGCAUCGAGAUCAGUGAUGCCUAUGGGGUACGGGAGUUUUAUGACAAGACCCACGCUGAACUUGAGUCCAGGAAACAGGACAUCCAGACCAACAGCCACUCUGACCACCCUGUCAUGGAUGGAGAUGUCACCACCAUGUCUGUUAAGUUUGAACGGAGGGAGUACCCACCUCAGAUCACCCCCAAGAUGUAUCUGCUGGAGUGGAGCCGCAAGGAGAAACUGAAGCAGCCGCUCUAUGAGACUCUCCAGCGGUCCCAGGACAGAGCAUUCCAGUCUACAGUAACUAUAGCAGAGAAGAAGUACAGGUCCUCCCUGUGGGAGAAGUCAAAGAAGUUUGCCGAACAAGCUGCAGCCAUCGUGUGUCUGCGGGUGUUGGGCGUACCAGAGGGGAAGAUAGGUGAAGAGAACUCAGGUUUGGUUUGUAAGAGGAAGAGAGAGGGGAUGGUCAAUGGCACAGCUAAGGAUGAACAGAACAAGAAACGACACAUGCUUGCUCCAGACACCACAAGGGGCACUGCCGUUCCUGACUGUCUCCAGCACAACACAGACACUCCUCAAAAACAACAUUAGAGUGUAUUAAGACUGUGAGAAUAAUGGAUGAAACACAUAUAUAUGGGGGAAAUACCAUGAAAAGACCUUGCAAUCUUGUUAUUUCAAACUGAGAGGGAGGACGAAGAGGUCCAAAAGAUGUCCAGCACCGUCGACUACUCAUGGGCAAGGCAUUUUCGGAUUACUGCAUAAGUAACAGCCAUGCUGCGUUUCGGUGAUUAUUUCUAAUGGUUUUCAGUGUUUGAUUUGCUGCCUGGCUCACAAAGAGCUGAGAAAUUCAGUAAUGUCAGGACUCUACACCCCAAGUUUAGUUACUGUGCUACCAGCGGUUCACGAUGUAUAUGUACUUCAUACAUCUGUGAUGAGCAUAUACUGAGGAGAUACUUGGCAGGAUGCAAUAGAUGCAAAGCUGCCUGUCCUCAAUGGUCGAAAUGAGAUUUUUCACAGCAGUUAAACUAGUUUCCCCCAUGGUGCAAUCUACUGGUACUAUUGCCAAUGUCCUGUUAAGAGUGUUGAAAAAGGAUGUGUAUUUUUGGUGUUGGUUUACGUUCUCGCCAGGGAGUGACAUUUUCCUUUUUAGAAGACAGCAAAAUCAGAAUUCCUGCACAUAGAAAAGAUGGGAGUGCCAAUAAUUUUUCAGUUUACAAUUAUCUGUGGAGGAGAAAGGCCCGUAUGCAACAUCUGACCCCCCCCCCGGUCAGUUUAAAUGGGAUUUCUCCAUAGAAGGUCGACUAAUCAUUAAGCUCCCUUUAGCACCACCUUGCUGCUCACUCAUUCGUUUAGUUUCACCCGUUCUCAGAUGGGAUCUGCCAUGUUCAACUACUGACCCCUACCGGUGAUCGAUGAGACGCCCCGGCGAAGACACAGUGGACCGUGCCUGGCUGAGUUUAGGGAAGUGUCUUGGCCCACUCAGACGCUAGAUACAGUUGAAUGUACAACCUACAGGCAUUUUUCAUUCCACUGACAAUUCGUCAUUUGUUCCCCAGGAUUGACUUGUUUAGGGUUAAGUAGGUCUGGUUUGUGACUGUUCUUGGAGAAGCAACAGGUCAAACUGAGGCAGAUCAGUGUAUAAAAGGCUGUCUGUCUACUCGGCGCAGAGCAGUGGAUUCGUGUGACGUCUGUCCAACCAGUAGGUGGCAGCGCCGGACCUUUACAAAUGGCUCAUCAUAGCAGAUAUGUAACCUGUAUGUCUCUCAAACCUCAUGCGGGGCCUUACCGAAGAGCGUUUUGUUUUCAUUUUACACCGAUAAAAAUACGAAUACACCCGUUGAGUGAACUUGGUACAUGUAAGUCCUUGUACGAUCAAGUCUUCGUUGGUGAGUGAUGUUGGUUUGAAUAAAAGGACUUGAU